AUGGGAUUGUUGGCGCUUUUGCCAGAGGAUAGAGAAGGGGUAUUACAUUGUGGGUCUGAAGAUGAUGAAGUUGCAUCUACAUACCAAGAUUUUGAUCCUCAAAGAGACUUGAAAAUUGUAGAACUUGCAGUGGGCCAGAAAAUUACAACAUUUGCUGAAUUCAGAAUGGCUUUAAGACUUUAUGCAGUGACAAAGAAAUUUGACGUGAAGUUCAAAAAAAUUGAGAAAAAACUACUCACUGCCAUAUGUAGCCAAAGUUUUGGGUGGAGAAUACGUGUAUCUCAAACUCAAAGUGAGAGUUGUUUGAGCAUAAAAACAUUUAUUAAGGACCACAACUGUACUGCAGUUCAAACAAAUCAUCUUGCAACAUCAACUUACAUUGCAAACAGGUAUACGAAGGCAAUUAAAGAGAAUCCAAAUUGGGAAUUUAGUUCAAGGAGACAAACUGUAACAAGGGAACUCGUAAUUGAUAUCUCCAUGCAGAAGAUUUAUAGGUCAAAAGGAAGAGCAAAAGAGAUGGUUGAGGGGAACCAUGGAGAACAAUAUUUAAAUCUUAGAAAGUAUUGCCAAUUGAUUCAAGAAACCAACCCAGGUUUAGUUGCUAAGAUUAGUAAUUACCUUAGUGAGAUCGAACCCAGAAGAUUCAAAAGACUGUUUUUAUCUUAUGAGGCCAUAUAUAGAAAUAUUAGGGAAUGGUGUAGGCCAUUCAUUGGUGUUAAUGGAACUUUUUUGAAAGAGUUUUAUGGUGGACAUUUGCUUAGUGCAAUUGGGAUUGAUGGGAACAAUAAGAUGUUCCCUUUGGCUAUUGCUAUUGUUGAGGUUGAGAAUAGGGACUCAUGGUCAUGGUUCAUGGAAGAAUUGAUGGGGAUUGUUGGUCCCCACGUGGUUUGA